AGAGGGCUCCCGAAGUUUGGGGACACCGCCGAGCCCGCCGGGGUUCCGGACCCCGGGGGGCAGCCCCAGCUCCGCAGCGCCCGCGGUCUCCACGCGCGACGCCGCCUUUGUCUCGGGCAGCGCAGGUGGGCGCCGCCAGCCGGGUGGCGGAGGCGGAGGGCAGCGGUGGUUCCGCACGUGCGUGUCCCCGCGUGGGCGCUCCCCUAAAGAAAGGACGCAGGGCUCGCACGACCCACUUCGUGAAGCAUUCUUCCGCGAUUCCGAAUUGUUGGAGCCCACACUUCCUGUUGUAACAAAGGCCGAGCUAUGAUAGCCACUGGCGGGGUGAUCACUGGCCUGGCGGCCCUGAAACGACAAGACUCUGCCCGAUCCCAGCACCACGUCAACCUCAGCCCCUCUCCUGCCGCUGCCGAGGAGAAGAAACCUGUCCGGAGGCGGCCCCGGGCCGAUGUCGUGGUGGUUCGUGGCAAGAUCCGGCUUUACUCUCCAUCUGGUUUCUUCCUCAUUUUAGGAGUGCUGAUCUCCAUCAUAGGGAUCGCCAUGGCUGUCCUUGGGUAUUGGCCCCAGAAGGAACAUUUCAUCGAUGCUGAAACAACCCUGUCGACGAACGAAACCCAGGUCAUUCGCAACCAGGGUGGCGUAGUGGUUCGCUUCUUUGAGCAGCAUUUACAUUCUGAUAAGAUGAAAAUGCUCGGCCCUUUCACCAUGGGGAUUGGCAUUUUCAUUUUUAUCUGUGCGAAUGCCAUUCUGCAUGAAAACCGCGACAAGGAGACCAAAAUCAUACACAUGAGGGACAUCUACUCCACGGUCAUUGACAUCCACACGCUGAGAAUCAAGGAGCAGAAGCAUCUAAAUGGUGUCUACGCUGGCUUGAUGGGGGAGCAGGAAGUGAAGCAGAACGGGAGCUCCUGUGCUUCCAGGCUGGCUGCCAACACGGUGGCCUCUUUCUCAGGUUUGCGGGGCAGCUUUCGGAUGGACAGCUCUGUGGAAGAGGACGAGCUCAUGCUGAGCGAAAGUAAGAGUCUGGGCCAUCUCAUGCCCCCUUUGCUGUCUGACAGCUCUGUGUCUGUCUUCGGUCUUUAUCCACCUCCUCCCAAGACGACUGAGGAGAAGAGCAGCGGCUCCAAGAAAUGCGAGACCAAGUCGAUUGUGUCUUCCUCAAUCAGUGCUUUUACGCUGCCCGUGAUCAAACUGAAUAACUGUGUAAUUGAUGAGCCCAGUAUAGACAACAUCACUGAGGAUGCUGAUAACCUCAAGGACAGGUCAAGGAAUUUGUCCAUGGACUCCCUUGUGGUCCCUCUGCCCAACAAGGCUGAAUCCUGCCAGCCCGUCAGCUUGGGGCUCCCAAGGAAUCAUUCCACUGGGGAGUCACUGUCCAGUCAGUACAAGUCCUCUGUGGCCCUUGGACCUGGGGCUGGACAGCUCUUGUCACCUGGAGCUGCCAGAAGACAGUUUGGAUCCAACACAUCCUUGCAUCUGCUCUCCUCUCACUCCAAAUCCCUAGACUUAGACAGAUCCUCCACUCUAACUGUCCAAGCCGAACAGCGGAAACAUCCCAGCUGGCCUCGGCUGGAUCGGAGCAACAGCAAAGGCUACAUGAAACUGGAGAACAAAGAGGACCCGAUGGACAGGCUGCUUGUGCCCCAAACAGCCAUCAAAAAGGACUUUACAAAUAAGGAGAAGCUUCUUAUGAUUUCAAGAUCUCAUAACAACUUGAGUUUUGAACAUGACGAGUUUUUGAGUAACAAUCUGAAGCGAGGGACUUCUGAAACCAGGUUUUAACGUGUAAAAGAUGUCAUUUUCCAAGGGGAUAGAUUUUAAAACUACUUUCACCAGCGCUUCCAUCUUCGGGCAUUGGUUGUAACCAUUCUAAAACGAAUGCUCUCUGGGUUACUAGAACUGGCUGCCUCAUUCUGUAAUGGGGAUGGUUGUAUGUUUAGGCUGUGAUUUUAUUUUUCCAUCUUUGGAAAGCAUGAUCUCUUUUUUCUGAUGUGAAUACAAAAAUGUUUGCAUUGCAAUUAAAACUUUGCUUUACUUUUAGAUUUUCCCAUUGGUUGUCAUAGUCAGAGAAUGAAAGAUUCAUUAGGGGAAACAGGGUACCAAAGUGUGGACUGUAUGUACCAAAUUCAGCCCAGGUACUCAAUAUAUUAUCACUGAGUGUAAAAGCAUCUUAAAAAUGGAGUUUUCUAAGUAAUUGCUUUAAAUUGUUUUACUGUUUAAUUGGUUACAUUACUACUAUAAAGGAGAAAAAUCUAAAUAAUGUGAAUUGGCCAGAUUGGUUUAGUUCUAUGGGAACUCAGUAAUAAGGAUUGGCACGAUGAUAGUGAAUAUUACUAUGAGCUGUAGGUAGAUAGUAUUCUUUCAACAUGAGUUUUGUUUUAGUGUUUUUUUUUAAACCAGGAAACCAUGAAGUCAAGAGCCAUAGUUGAGAAUGCCAGACAUAUUAAUGAAUAAAUAUUUUUAAAAAUCCAUUUACUAUAACUUUAGAUAUUCGGAAUUAUAAUUCUUGCAAAAUGAAUGAGCCAAUGUAGUUUGUAGAAAUGCUAUCUUAAAGUCAUUAUGUGCUGGAAGAAAAUGUUGACUAAUGAGUGAAGACAAAUUUUAUGCUGGUUAGGGUGUUAGGUGUCUCAAUAUUUUAUUCCAGUCAUCUGUUACCAUCCAAAAAUCCACUUAUCCCCACUCUUUAUUCCCCUUCAAUAGGCUUAGAUCCUGUUAUUUGGAAAAUAGUGGGCUGCCCUUGACAUUUCUUCUCACCUUCUCAUUCCACCAGAAAGUGUAGUCCCUGCUAAGCUUCCUGGAAAUUAACCUUGUGCUAGAGAGCCUUAUGCCCACUCCAAAGACUUAUGGUAUAGAACACUUAGAAUUGUAGUUUUCAGUUAUUGGAGAUGCUGAAUACUAAAAUGGAUACAUCCAUUGGAAACUGUCAUGUGUACCAUUAAGUAACAUAUUUUUUGAGAAUUGUUGAGUGAAUUACUCAGGAAAUAUUACGAGUCUUUCCCAAAGCCUAAACAUCUCUGAACACAGCAGUACAGUGAUGGGAGAGCAGAGGAAGAUAUAUUUGUACAUGAAGCUCCCCACAGUUCCACCCCGUGAUACCAACAUGAGCUCCCCUCAGCUGCUUGUGCUAUUUAUUAGAACAUCAACCUGUAUACCGUGAUAGAGUGGGCUCAAUAUUUUAUUAUGAAGCAUUUAAUAAAAAUCUCUUGUUAAUAGAA